AUGGUCAGCUCCUGUUGUGGCUCCAUCUGCUCUGAGCAGGGCUGUGGCCAGGAGACCUGCUGCCGCCCAAGCUGCUGCCAGCCUGUGUGCGGCCAGCCCACCUGCUCUCCCUCUGGCUGCAGCGUGUCCAGCUGCUGCAGGCCCCAGUGCUGCCUCUCCAGCUGCUGCCGCCCCAGCUGCUGCCAGCCCACCUGCUCUCGCCCCAGCUACAGUGUGUCCAGCUGCUGCAGGCCCCAGUGCCGCAUCUCCAGCUGCUGCCGUCCCAGCUGCUGCCAGCCCACCUGCUGCAGGACCACCUGCUCUCCCCCCAGCUGCAGUGUGUCCAGCUGCUGCAGGCCCCAGUGCUGCAUCUCCAGCUGCUGCCGCCCCAGCUGCAGCCAAUCUGUGUGUUGCCAGCCCACCUGCUGUCGCCCUAGUUGCUGCCUCUCCAGCUGCUGCCAGCCCUCUAACUGCGGCUCCAGCUGCUGCCGCCCCAGCUGCUCCAUUUCUAGCUGCUGCCGGCCCUCUUGCUGUGGUUCUAGCUGCUGUGGCUCCAGCUGCUGCCGCCCCUCCUGCUGCCUGCGCCCAGUCGGUGGUCGGGUCUCCUGCCACACCACUUGCUAUCGCCCCACGUGUGUCAUCUCCACCUGCCCCCGCCCUGUGUGCUGCCCCUCCCCUUGCUGCUGA